UGGUCUACUACAGCAGCAUUACAAUACUAAAAAUUUUUUUACACGCAGAAUCGCUAAUUAAGAAACUAUGUUGCGUGCAAUUUGGCAGAAAUAUAAAGCAAUAGGUCAGUUUUCGAAUCACAAUGUUAGAAUCAGGUUUGAAAUGAAAUUUACUUAAAUAUUAUAUUUUAAAAAAAUUAGUUUGAAAUACGUAAUUUUAAUGUGUAGUUUGGAAAGCCAUCAAUAGAUGGCGCUACGAGUUAAAAUUUAACAUUGUAAUCUUAUUUCUGCAAAAAUUCACGAAGUAAUUGAUUUUGAUAUCAGUUAUAAAUCAUAUUUUUUUCUAAAUAAUAUUUAGAAGCGUUUCAUAUAUUCCUUUAUACACAGUUUUCACUAAACAUUGUCAGCUGUCAGCAGAAUGACGUUUACGGCAACCCUAUUGCAUUGCUAUUCCGCACUCGUUUUGUUUACAUUUAUUUGUACUGUGGUCAGUUUGCAAAAAAUAUGCGAAAAUAUCAAGGACGACCGAAAAAACAUCCUGGUUUUAAUAAAAGAUCCAGAAUUCAGCGUAAACGUCGAGCUCAAGAAAAAAAUAUGAAAUUAAAUUCCCGAGAUGUGGAAGAUUCCGAACAAGCGGAUGUUUUCGAAAGGUCAGAAAUUAUUGAUACAACUGCAUCUGUGUCAAAGGAGAAUCAUUGCCCGGAUGAUUUUUUUACAAAGUCCGGAAGUGAAAAAUUUGACUUUUCUACGCCAGAAGUUACAGCUAAUGUUCCUAAGACAAACCAGGCUUUCCUGAGUUCUGAUCUGGACAUUUCAGUUAUUGACUCUGACGUAGAAGGUAGAAAUACAAGCUCUCUUUUGGGCUUGGAGUCUGAGCCUCUUCAGGAGAACCUUAAUGAUGAAUUUCUGUGUCCUGAUUCACCUUUAAUUAUCGAAAGGGAAGAUCGACGAAAGGCAAAUCCAUUACCAUCUGGCAGAACAAUUUGCAAUAUGUCUUUUGUAAUAGUGCAGGCUAGGACAUUAGAGCAACAUUCCCUAAAUUGUAAAUUUGGAGGAUCAUUUAUUUUUAACAAAGUGAUUCGACGUGGUCUUGUCACUACAUAUAACUAUGUAUGUGAUAAAAUUUUAUGUGGGGAAAUGGCAACAAUUUGUUCUGAUAUGGAGAAAAGCAGCCUAAAUCAGCUUGCAGUAUUAGGUGCGUUAUCUACUGGCAGUGGAUUUUCACAAGAGGAGGAAAAGUUUAGCAUCAUGGAAAUUCCGUAUAUGAGCAACUCGACCUUUGCUUCUUGUGAGCGAACUACUGGCAAAAUAAUACAGGGAUGUGCACAGGAAACUAUGUGUGCUGCUAUAGAAGAGGAGAAAAAAGGCAGGCAGAACUUCGCAAUGAUAAAGAUAAUGAUGGUUAUCACUGUAUAA